CCCACUUUGCGGCGCGCGGCGAAGCGAGAAGUUUGUUGGUGCCGUCGGUGCCUGCCCUUGUCGACCCCUCCUCUGCUGCUGCUGUGCUUGGACUGUGGCCGCCACGCCACACCCCUGUGCCGCGACGGAGUCUGGAAAGCUGGGGCCAGCAUCUAAAAGGGGAAAAACAGAAACAAAAGAUGGCCUGCGGUCGGGUGGCAGUGUGCACCACCAAUGCAUCAAUAAAACACGAUCACCAGCCCUGAUCGCCCUCUGGCCAUCCCGAGACGGCUCUCGAUCAACCAAUUCUAAAUUAAGCUCAAACAAGAAGAUAGUGGCCUCUACAUCUGGCUAGAGGCUCCCGAAUCGAUUUCCCCAAGUAUCAGAACAUAAUCCUACUCCAACCGAACUCAGCCAAGCGGGAUCGUUCUCGAGCCCCUCCAAAAGCCUGGCCUUUCCGCCCUCCAACGCACCACACACCACCACCAACAGACCUUCCCGACGCCGCCGACGAACCAAGUGCGCCCAACACCCACUCUUCGCCCACACGCUCGGCUCUGUCACAACCCCCGCAGAGCCUGCGCCAACGCUCAACAGUCGCAAUCACGACGGCGGCCCAGGGCUCUCGGUCUCCGGAUCUGAGAGAUCUUUUAUCCCGCACCGUCACUGCCGGCCGCGUCCUGUUUGAUCACCCCUCUCGCGCCGAUAAGCCAAAGCAACCCCCGCCGGUCCCUCACUACUGCGUCUAUCCGACGGCCGCGGGCGUCAGAGAAUUCAGAGCCAACAAGAUGGACGGAAAGAGGCACCUCAACUCGUUCCAGCAGCUGGAGAAGCUGGGCGAGGGCACAUAUGCUACCGUCUUCAAAGGUCGCAAUAGGCACACGGGAGAGCUGGUCGCGCUCAAAGAGAUCCACCUCGACUCGGAGGAGGGCACCCCCUCGACCGCGAUCCGCGAGAUCUCGUUGAUGAAGGAACUCAAGCACGAGAACAUCGUCGCGCUGCACGACGUUAUCCACACCGAGAACAAGCUGAUGCUUGUGUUUGAACACAUGGACGGCGACCUCAAGAAGUACAUGGACACUAAGGGUGAUAGGGGCGCUCUGCAACCCAUGGUGAUCAAGUCCUUCAUGUACCAGCUGCUCAAGGGCAUUGACUUUUGCCACCAAAAUAGGGUCUUGCACCGCGACCUCAAGCCCCAGAACCUGCUCAUUAACAACAAGGGCUCGCUCAAGCUCGGCGACUUUGGCCUGGCCCGCGCCUUUGGCAUCCCCGUCAACACCUUCUCCAACGAGGUCGUCACGCUCUGGUACCGCGCCCCAGAUGUCCUGCUGGGCAGCAGGACCUACAACACCAGCAUCGACAUCUGGUCCGCCGGCUGCAUCAUGGCCGAGAUGUACACGGGCCGCCCACUGUUCCCCGGCACCACCAAUGAGGACCAGAUCGUGCGCAUCUUCCGCAUCAUGGGCACCCCCUCGGACCGCACAUGGCCGGGCUUCUCGCAGUUCCCCGAGUACAAGAAGACGUUCCACACGUACGCGACCCAGGACCUGCGCCAGAUCCUGCCGCAGAUCGACGCCGCCGGCAUCGACCUGCUCGGCCGGAUGCUGCAGUUGAGGCCCGAAAUGCGCAUCAGCGCCCACGAUGCGCUCAAGCACCCCUGGUUCAACGACCUCAUCAUGCAGCAGCAUCACCACCAGCAACAACAACAACAACAACAACAACAACAACAACAACAACAACAGCAGCAGCAGCAGCAGCAGCAGAUGCAGCAGGCUGCCCAGGUCCAGGCCCAGCAGGCCCACGCUGCCGCGCCUGCUGGUGGCCAAUACCCGCAAGCCGUGCCUUCACAGGCACAGCCUUACGACAACUACUAGGUCUAUUUUUCGGGAGAGCUGCAGUGACCACUUGGACCAUCGGGUGGCAGACGCACAGCGAAUGCAUGGGGUUCUCUGUUUAUAUCUACAACGAUAUGAUCAUGUUCCUUAUCUCAUGGUCUUGACGGCUUUCUUGUUGAUUCGCUCCAUCGGACCCUCGCGGCCUGGAUAUUUGUAUUGGGGAGACACAAAAGGACCCAUCAGCCUAAAGUUUUCAAAGGCUAAAUGAACGAACGCAAGCCUGUUUUUUAUUUCUCUUUUUUUCUCCCGUCUGGUUAUAUCCGUGUCUCUUUAUGCUUGGUUUCUGGGUUUGGCAUUGGUUUGCAUUAUGGUUACAAUGGGCAGCGAUUUUAUGCCUGUUUAGCUUUUGUCAUGAGGGAGACUUCCUCUU